GCGAACGCUACACCCGGAAGUCUUUUAGGCGAUAUAGGAAGCUGUGCUGGUGGGAACCUCAGCAUUAUGGGUCGCAACAAGAAAAAGAAGCAGCGAGAUGGCGACGACCGGCGUCCCCGGCUCGUUCUCAGCUUCGAUGAAGAGAAGCGGCGGGAGUACCUAACCGGCUUCCACAAGCGGAAAGUGGAGCGGAAGAAGGCAGCCAUCGAGGAGAUUAAGCAGCGGCUGAAGGAGGAGCAGAAGAAGCUCCGGGAGGAGCGCCACCAAGAAUACUUGAAGAUGCUGGCAGAGAGAGAGGAGGCGCUGGAGGAGGCAGAUGAGCUAGACCAGCUGGUGACGGCAAAGACAGAGUCUGUGCAGUAUGACCACCCCAACCACACAGUCACCGUGACCACCAUCAGCGACCUGGACCUCUCUGGAGCCCGACUGCUUGGACUACCCCUGCCUGAGCCAGGUGCUGGGGACGGGUCCAAGGAGGAGAUGUCUUCUGUCGAGAAACCAACCAGAGCCUUACCCAGGAAGUCCAAGGACCCCCUGCUGUCUCAGCGGAUCUCCUCCCUCACAGCGUCGCUGCAUGCCCACAGCCGGAAAAAGAUCAAGAGGAAACGUCCCCGACGGGCACAGGACUCCACCAAGAAGCCCCCGAGUGCCACCCGCACCAGCAAGACCCAGCGCCGCCGGCUGACGGGCAAAUCCCGGCAUAGCGGGGAGUGACCCUGAGAGCCCAGCAGUGCCAGCCUGGGCUGCAGGUCCUGUCCUGCCUCAGCUUGGCCGUAACCUGCGCACUGAGCUGGUGGCUCCACAGCCAAACUUGAGGGCUCUCGGGCCUGGGACUGUCCUUGUCCGAGGACCACUCUGGGGCCUGAACCCCGGAAGGAGCAGGCAGCUGAGAGCUGGCCCCAGCAGGGGACUUCAGAGCCAGGUCAGGCAUCUUCCCAAAUGUACCCUGUCUGGAACUCAUCAGAUCUGUGAAACUCCAAA